AGGGACUAGUGGAAUAUCUCUCUCUUCAAACGUGGUUUACUCAAGUCCGGUAAGCGCGCCGCCGAGGGAAGAGGGAAAGAGCUCGAGAUUGAUUCAGCGAGAAUGGCGAUCAGGAAGCUUUUGCUUCUAUUGAAACCGAUUGAUCCGUACCCAUUUCUUCAAACCGAAGGUUCAUCGCUCAUCAAAAAUCCCCAGGUUCUUAAAUAUCUGGAAAGCAGGUGCAAAGUACACAGGAAUGCUAUUAAUUUCUGUCAGGAAAUACUAAGUAAGAAGCCUGUCGAGUGGAAACCCAUUUCACGUAACGACUUAUCCCAUCCCAUUCGUGAUGUGGAUAUGGUCAUCACCGUGGGUGGAGACGGUACCCUCUUGCAUGCCAGUCAUUUCAUCGAUGAUUCUGUUCCGGUUCUAGGAGUCAAUUCUGACCCGACACAAGCUCAGGAGGUAGAAGAACUGAGCGAUCAGUUUGACGCUAGUAGAAGUACUGGUCAUCUUUGUGCUGCAACCGUUAAUAAUUUUGAACAGGUACUGGAUGACAUUUUGUUUGGCAGAGUGGUUCCUUCUAAAGUUUCCAGAAUAUCAUUGAAGUUAAAUUCAGAACUUCUUCUUUCACAUGCACUUAAUGACAUUUUGAUCGCACACCCAUGCCCUGCCGCGGUUUCAAGGUUCUCAUUCAAGAUUAAGAACAAAAAUGGUGAGAGCAGUCCAAAGACAGUGAACUGCCGGUCAAGCGGUCUAAGAAUCUGCACAGCUGCUGGCUCAACUGCCGCAAUGCAGUCAGCAGGUGGGUUCGUGAUGCCAAUGUUGUCUCGUGAUCUACAAUUCAUGGUUAGGGAGCCAAUCUCUCCUGGUUCAACUGCUUCUUUAAUGCAUUCUGCCUUCAAACCGGACCAAUUCAUGGAUGUUAACUGGUAUUCAGACCAUGGGACUAUAUACAUCGACGGUUGUCAGGUUCAACACAGCGUGCAGCUCGGAGAUACAAUCGAGAUAUCAUCAGAUGCGCCGGUCUUAAACGUUUUCUUGUCUCACGGCAUUUCUCAGAUCAAAUCAAGGUACUAGAAUUGGUACAAUGGUAGAUUUGUUCAUAAAGUUAAGAGUUGGUACACAUUGAUAGCCCUUUUAGCCCACUUGUCUAUAGAUAUGGUUAUAAAAGAUUCUUUGGUCCGAAAGAUUCGUUGAUUCUUGAAUCUUUGGUGCUUGAAGAAGUUUAAUUCGAGUAGCUAUCUUUCUCCUCCUACCAAGAACGUGGAUGUGUCUGAUCCUCUUAAAUAAAAUUCAUAUAUAAAGAAAAAUAAUAGUAUCAAAAUCA